UGUUUAAAUACGCGUAACGCGUUAGGUUGGUUUAAUGAGCGUAAUAAAAAGUAGGCGUGAGAAACAAAAACACGGCUGUUUGUUGGACGCAUCCAAAUCGUCUACAAUUCCCUAUUCCCUAUUCCCUCCCUUCCUCAUCGCUUUUAUAUAUUUUAUUAGCUAACACUCACAUUAAUCAUUUUAACAUCAACAUAACAGAUCUUUACAUCUUUGAAAACACCCACAUAAGAAAAAGGAUUUGAAUAAGUUUUUGCAAAUUUUUAUAUUAGCUAAUCAAACCAUUUCUGUCAUGAGUUUUGAGAAUGUGUUUACUUUUACAUUUAAAAAAUACUAUUUGAUUCAUUCAAGGUCAACGUUUUUGGGCACUAAAAUAACUCAAAUAAUAAUGAAUACGAAUAUUAUAAAUUUAUAAAUCUCUUAAACAGGAUUUGGUGGCUACUAAAGUAUUAACUUGGUAAACUCAUUAGCAUUGCUUUUUUCUUCUCAGAAUGCAUUUGUUUAAAAAAUAAUCUUAUUCUUUCAAAAAAAUUGUAAUAUUAUUCAUGACCUUCUCUUCAACAUUGAAAUAGAAAAAUCAUUAGAAUGUCGAAUGGUUAUUUUAGCCACAGAGAGAAGAGACCAAGAGACCAAGAGAGAAAGAGAGAAAGAAACAAACCAAUAACAAAUGAGAUAGAAUGGACCAGAAAAAGGGAGAAGAGCGAGAGGGAGGACUAAAAGUGAGAGUGAGAAGAGAGAAAUGAGGUGAAGAGAGUGAGAAGAGGGAAGUGAGAGAGCCUAAUAUACUCUGUUUUGGAAAUCUCACAUACAUAUGAAACAAAGGGUAAUAAAAUUCAUUUAAUUAUUCCAAGGAUCAAACUAUAAAGAUGGUGAAGGAAGCAGUACAGGAAGAUAAUUCUGGCAAUUAUGCCAAGGCCUUCCUCUUAUAUAUGAAAGCCUUGGAGAGCUUCAAAACUCAUUUCAAGUAUGAGAAGAAUCCCAACAUCAAGGAAGCCAUUACACUAAAAUUCAACCAGUACUUGCAUCCUGCCGAAGUGAUUCGUGCUCUCUUCGAUGAUGGCGGUCUUCCUGGAACGAGUUCUAGUGGAUAUGGGGUGGAUCCAGAGCAAGCUAAGCUGCUGCCCGAUCUUCAUUACGUGAUCAUAAGAAGAAAGCCAAACGUCAAGUGGAUUGAUGUCGCUGGAUUGGAGAGUGCCAAACAGGCAUUACAAUAGGCUGCAAUAUUACCAUUGAAGUUCCCUCAGUUCUUUACCGGUUAGUUAUUCCAUUUUACUUCAAUAUUGCAAUUAAUGUUGGAUUACUCCAUUGGGAGGAAAAUGCUUGGUUGUUCUGGUUAUGUGGCUCCUUUGUCUGUAAUGUCAUGGAGUUAUCUCAUUUGAAGUCAUAAUCUUAUUGUCAAUGAGCUUAAUAAAAUAUUGUGAUAGACACAAUCAUCUAACUUUGUUUAGGCAAAAGGGUACCAAGUAGAGCUUUCUUGUUAUAUGGGCCUCUUGGAACUGGAAAGUUGGCGAAGGCCAUUUCUACAUUAGCUGAUUCAACAUUUUUCAGGUAAUGGUUGUAUGAACCCACGAAUUGGAUUUCCUCGUCUUUGGUAGUGCCAUUCCACUUAAUUAAGCAAAUAGGCUUUUGUUAAUUUGUUGCAACAGAAUUUUCCUAUUUGUUUUUAGUUAAGUAGUUUGUUAUUUGUUGUUAUUAACAUUGUGUAUCAGUACGAGUUUAAUGAAAGUGUUUAAACUCUUCUCUUAAUUGCUAAUGUUAUUUGUAAUAUGGUAUCAGAGAGUAUGUCUCAAAGUUCUUUCCCUAAUUUGACCAUUCUUUCCAUGACUCCACCUAAUGAUACAUAAAACACAAACAUGAUUGCAAAUUCCUCCCUGGCUCUUGAUGUGUCCCCCAUUGAAGCAAACUUAAUCCUUAUCUCACUGUUAUAACCAUAUAUUUGGACAUCUCUGGUUGAUAUUUUAAAGUAUUUUUAUUAACUAUUAAUCUUGGUUACUUUUUGGUUCAUUAUUCCUUGCUUUAAGUUGAAGUAUUUUAUUUUGUGUCGGAAGUAUUUCUUGUUCAGACCUUGUCUCAAAAUGGGUGGAAAAAACUGAAAAGCUAGUGAUAGUGCUUUCAAAAUUGUUCGAAAUGGCUUGUGAUAGCGCUCCAUCCAUCACGUUAAUCGAUGAAAUAGAUUACUUGUGCGGUCGAGGAGGUGAAUGUAAUGAAAAUGAAGCUUUUAGACGUAUCAAGACAGAACUUCUUAUGCAAAUGCAAGUAUGGUGUUUGUGAAGCAACAAUAUUUACACAGUAAAAAGAGGGGGAUUUAUUACCAUCUUGUCUUAUGUUUCUUGUGCAUUUUUUCAUUGUCUUAGCGAAUGCUUAUUUGCGGAAAAUACAUUUUCAGGAAAUAACGUUUCAAAACUAUAUAUCUCUUUGCAUCUGUAGGGUGUAGGACACAACGAUAAUAAAAUUCUUGUUUUUGCUACAACAAAAUACACCCUAUGCUUUGGAUCAGGUCAAGAGAAAAUAUGUAUACUUCCAUAUUAUGCUAAGGAACAAGGAAACACAAUGCAUGUUUGAUUUAUAAGUAGUGUUUUCAGGCCAUUCGUCGACAAUUUGACGAACGGAUAUACAUCCCUCUUCCUGAUUUGAACGCAAGGCAAUAUAUAUUCAAAGUACUGAAAGUUACAUUUUCUCUUCAUCUAUACAUAGUUCCUUUUUUUUU